AAAUUUACGUAUAGGUUAAGUGGUUUAUAAAAAAAACUAAAGAUAACAAAGUUAUCCUCUUUCCUAUGCUUAUUUUAAUAGCAAAAUCUGAUUAUACGUAAAAUAUGUCUAAUGAUCAAGAAGUAAUCAAUAUAAUUGGGGAAAAGCUGUCUUCAUCUAAUAUAACCAUAAAAAAUGUUCUUUUAAGUGUAGUUAUUCCCCAAGAAGUCUUAACUUUAAGUAAUAUUAUUUUUACUCUAGUCGAGUGCAAUGGCAGUUACGGUUUAUUUAUAUUUGAAUCUGGUAAAAGAAUCCCAACAAAAUUCUCCGAUCUUACUAUUGAACAUGUCAUACCAAUCGAUGAGUACUUCUACUGUGAUAAUGAAUCCAUUCCAAGCAGUUAUACACACGAACGGUUUUCAAUAACAUAUAAAAUGUUACGGCUAACUUUUCACAUUGAAAUUGGACCCGAUAGCGAUGUUUUUAAGGAUGAAAUAACCAGAGCUAAAGAAGCAUUUUUGUUGAAUUCUGUUGAUCAUAAAUGGUUGGAGAGGUAUCGAAAUGAUUCAGGAUCUUAUGAUGUUGAAUUUGGUGAGGGAAAUUUACCUGCAUCAAGACAAAGGGGAGCCAGAGGGCACACUUCUGCAAGUAGAGAAUCAAUGUUAAGGUUCGAAAUGGAAUCAAGAAAAUCACAAUACACAAAAAUCACCGAACGUAGCAUAUUUGUGGGAACUUGGAACGUUAAUGGACAACUCCCUCCACCUAAUCUCAUGCUAAAAUAUUGGUUAGCAAUCGAAAAAGAACCCCCAAUGUUGUAUGCGAUUGGUUUUCAAGAAUUAGAUCUAAGCAAAGAAGCUUUUUUAUUUAAUGAUAGCCCCCGAGAAGCGGAAUGGGAAAAAGCAGUUAUGGCUUCAACACACCCAGAUGCUAAAUAUAGACGUUUGGCUUUAAUUCGCUUAGUUGGAAUUCAAUUGAUUGUCUUAAUACAUUCCGAUCAUUAUAGUCAUGUUAAAGAUGUCGAUAGCAGCACUGUUGGAACAGGGCUUUUAGGCAAAAUGGGUAACAAAGGAGGAGUUGCAGUGAGGAUACGUUUAUACGACACAACCUUAUGCUUUGUAUGUUCGCAUUUAGCAGCGCAUCAAGAUGAAGUUGAACGAAGAAAUCAAGAUUACAGAGAUAUAGUUGAUCGAAUUAAUUUUCGUAAACCGCCGCAAACAAUUAAAGAACACGACCAAUUAUAUUGGCUUGGAGAUUUAAAUUAUAGGAUAAUGAAAUUCAAUGGGGACGACGUAAAAAAGUUGCUGUACGCCAAAGAGUUGGAUCUUCUUCUAAAACAUGAUCAGUUAAUGUUGGAACAACAGAAAGGGAAAUGUUUUGAGGGAUUCUUAGAAGCACCAAUACAUUUCCAACCGACAUACAAAUACGAUUUAAACAGCGACCAUUACGAUACAAGCGAAAAAGGUCGUGCACCGGCGUGGACAGAUCGCGUUCUUUAUCGAGGCAAAGGAAUCCAUCCGACAGUAUACCGAUGUCACAUGGAACUCCAAACGAGCGAUCAUAAACCGAUUAGUUGCGUCUUUAAAUCCGAAAUAGCCGUAAUCGACGAAACGAAACAAAAACGCGUUCAAGAGGAAGUGUUUAAAUUAAUGGAUAAGUUAGAAAACGAAAUUUUACCGCAAGUUACGGUCGAUCGGACGGAAUUAACUUUCGAAAGGGUUCGUUUUAACGAACCCGUUCAUAAAGAAGUGAUCGUUGCUAAUACGGGGCAAGUCCCUGUUACUUUUUGUUUUGCUAAUAAAAUUAAGGAGGAAAAGUAUUGUAAGGAUUGGUUGAGGAUUACACCGAAUCGAAAAGAUAUUGAACCAGGUGAUAAAUGUGAUAUUCGAUUUGAAGUAACACUUCUCGACGCGGGAAAUUACUUGGAAGACAUUUUAGUUUUGCACCUUGAAAACGGAAAAGAUAUCUUCAUUUCCGUUUCCGCUCAAUGCGAAAGAUCGUGUUUUACAACUUCGAUAUCGGUUUUGUGUCGAUGUCCCGUUCCGAUUUUGAAUAUGACAGCGGAACAAAUUUAUCAAGCCGAACGCGAACAAAUUCCUUUGCGCUAUUCGAUACCAAGGGAACUCUGGCUGCUCGUUGAUUAUCUUUAUAGACACGGAUUGAGAAUGCGGAUGUUUGAAUCGACGGCUCUUCACGAUGAUAUUAUUAAAAUUAGAGAUUGGUUGGAUCAUGGCUCGUUAAAUCCGAUUCCUGUUGAUAAUGUAACUGCCGUUGCUGAAUGUCUUUUAUUAUUUUUAUCGCAUACAAAAGAUCCGAUAAUCCCUUAUCAUUUAACUGAGACUGCAUCAUCUCAAGCUAAUAACUUCUUAAAUUGUAGAGAGAUUCUCGAGAAAGUCCCUGAUUUACAUAGGAGUGUUUUUUUGUAUAUAAUUAUGUUCCUGAAAGAAGUGUUAAAAUAUGGUGGUGAAAAUGGAACGGAUCCAAAAAUUUUAGCCACGAUUUUCGGUGAUAUUUUACUUAGAAGUCCAAAAGGAAAAGUUGAAAGGCAGCAAAUCCAAAGGGGAAAAAUGGGUUUUGUUCAUCAAUUUCUUAUAAAUGACAUAAGUUCAAUGAUUGUCCCUUCAGCAAACAAAUAAUAGUGUAAAUGUCUUUAAUGUCUAGUAUUUAUUAAUUGUUUUAGAUUAUAAGCUAAUUAAAAUAACAUAA